UCCUCUUAGAAAUCAUGAAAUCACUACAGGUUUAUUCUUUCCUGCUGGCGGUGACUGCGGCCGUUGUCACUGGUGCUCCUUAUCACAACUUCCAGGAACCUGACAGCGACUACCUUCCUCCUGCAAAGGAGGUUGUGGUACCUGACAGCGACUACCUUCCUCCUGCAAAGGAGGUUGUGGUACCUGACAGCGACUACCUUCCUCCUGCAAAGGAGGUUGUGGUACCUGACAGCGACUACCUUCCUCCUGCAAGAGACCAGAAUGUCCAGCAAGAGGUCUUCGAGGAGUUCCUGAGCAACCCUAACCCUUCCUACUCCGUCUCCUACGCCGUGGAAAUCCCAGAAACCCGUGACCAGAAGCAGGCGGAGGAGAGCCUGACGAACGGCGUGACCAGAGGAUCCUACCAGUACCUGAGACCCGACGGCGUCCUGCAGGUGGUCAAGUACGUCGUGACGAAGGAGGGGGGUUACCAAGCCGAGGUGGAGGAACGCCCUGGCUUCGCCCCCAUCACGCAGGCAACAGACGUCAAGAACAACGUCCCCGAGGCGGACGUAACAACGUUCGAACUCGACCUCGCAGUGGCCCCUCCUGCGGGAAACAUCGUCCAGAUUUCCCCUGCGCAUUUCGCCCUCAACCACCCCCUUGCCCCGGAGCUUCUCGCCAAUGCCAAUAGUCCUGCCACUCCUCUCUCCUUUACCCCCCUUUCCAUCCCGAGCCCCGCAGUCCCCGCUCUCCCUACAUCUACCUUCCUUACCUUACCUUCCCCUGCCUCAGAGGUAAGCGAAAUUGUCCCCCUGUCUGAAUUUCAGAAAAUCUCCAACCCAGUGUUCCCCCCUCCCCCCGUUUUCCCUGCAGCAACCAUCCCUAUCGUCCCUAAAAUCACCGACAGCCAGGAUUCAAUCCAAACCACACGUCCUGCCACGAUACUUACAAACACCAAACUUCCUCUACCUACCAUCCCUACACACCCUGUCGUCACUAAGAUCCAAGUGCCUUCCCCUGCCCUCUUUCCUGCUAUCCCCCCUGCCUCUACCUUCUCUCAGGCUCCUGCCGGUGCCAUCGAAACCUCACCGGCACUCCUUCAGGCACCCUUCGUCACCUUCAAUUCCCCUCACACCUCGUACACCUACUUCAGCAAAUAGGUGAAGCCAAAGGAAACAGAGAGAGGUCACUUUUGGAAUCCCAUACAACAUGAUCUCAAUGUCUAUAUACUAUGUAACUGUGUAAGAACUGUCUAGAUAGAAAUAAACAAUAAGAGGAAGUAUUUA